GGGCCGGGCGGCGGGGCCGCACUCCGGCGGCGGCCCCGGCGGAGCGACGGGAGGGGAGCGGAGGCGGACGCGGACGCGUGGUUAUGCGCUGGGGGCGAUGGUGCCGCCGGCCGGCGCUAGGCUCCUCCCGCUCCCGGGAAGGGGCCCCCUCCUCGGCGUGCUGCUGCUGCUGCUGCUGCUCUGUUCCGGCGGUGGGUGCGUGCCGCGCCGCCGGCCCGCGGGGCCGCCCGUGGUGCUGGUUCCAGGGGACUUAGGUAAUCAGUUGGAAGCAAAAUUAGAUAAGCCAUCAGUAGUGCACUAUCUCUGCUCUAAGAAGACUGACAGUUACUUUACACUGUGGCUCAACUUAGAAUUGCUCCUACCUGUCAUCAUUGACUGUUGGAUUGACAAUAUCAGGCUGGUAUAUAAUAGAACAAGCAAAGUAACAGAACCACCAGAUGGAGUGGAUAUCAGAGUUCCAGGUUUUGGGCAGACAUUUUCCUUGGAAUUCCUUGAUCCAAGUAAAAGGAGCGUUGGCAGUUACUUCUACAUGCUGGUGCAGAGUUUAGUAGACUGGGGCUACAAGCGUGAUGAAGAUGUAAGAGGAGCACCUUAUGACUGGAGAAAGGCACCAAAUGAAAAUGGAGAUUAUUUUGUGGCCCUUCGCAAGAUGAUAGAGUUGAUGUACGAGCAGUAUGGAAGUCCUGUUGUCUUAAUUGCCCACAGCAUGGGUAAUAUGUAUACCCUGUACUUCCUCAAUCAUCAGACUCAGGAAUGGAAAGACAAAUACAUAAAAGACUACGUGUCAUUAGGUGCUCCAUGGGGAGGAGUGGCCAAAACUCUCCGUGUGCUGGCUUCAGGUGACAACAAUAGAAUACCAGUCAUCAGUUCACUCAAAAUUCGAGACCAGCAGAGAUCAGCUGUUUCUACAAAUUGGUUGCUCCCCUACAACUACACGUGGCCUCCAGAUAAGGUCUUUGUAAGCACACCUACAGCUAACUACACCCUACGAGACUACAGAAAAUUCUACAGGGACAUUGACUUUGAAGAUGGCUGGCUCAUGAGACAGGACACUGAACCCUUGGUCUACCAGAUGAUACCACCUGGCGUACGCAUACACUGUCUUUAUGGUACUGGUGUGGAAACACCUGAUUCCUUCCAUUACGAAAGCUUUCCUGACAAAGAGCCCAAGAUUAUUUACAGUGAUGGGGAUGGUACAGUGAACUUACAGAGUGCCUUGCAAUGUCAAAAAUGGGUGGACAUGCAGAAACAGGAAGUGGUGGUAUUUGAGCUUUCAGGAAACGAACACAUUCAAAUGCUAUCCAAUGAUACUACUAUUUCAUACGUGAAAAAGCUGCUUUUUAAUUUGUGAUGUUGUUGACAGUUGUUUUCCUCACCUGUGAUGCCUUCCCUUAAAUAUGGGAGAAUGCCUUUUGAUCUGUUGAUACUUAGAUAUUUGAAUUAUUUAUUUUGUUUUUUUAAACUAUGUUCAAGGAUUUGGUUGGUGUCCUAAACAGUUGUUUGUCUCUGAUUUGUGUUCAUGAAGUUUCAUAGUAUUUUCAUAUUCUGAAAGCCUGGUCAAAUAUGCGUUUUGUUGCCUCCAGUGUUGUCCAGUAUUCAUACGAGCUUUCAUUUGGAGACUGCGCAGCCCUGUGCACAUACUUUAUAAUUUUCUUUGUGAUCUUUGAAGGGUUUGGAGUGGGAGGGUAGAAGCAUUACAAUCUCACUCCCAUAAAACAAGGGAAGGAUAUUAACAAUUUGGGAAGUCCAUACAAAUUCUUCCCAAAGGGUCUUGUGUAUUCUGAUCCCACAGCCCAUUAACUUAGUUUGUAAAUGUUUGUAUCUACUAGGUAAAAUGGGUGUGAGGUCUGUCUGGUACUGUACUAUCUUUUUGUCAUAUCCACUCUUGCUUUUGUUAUGGUUUUUAGGGGGGGAACAAUGAUGUCUGAAUUAUUUUAAGCUUAUUUUAGGUACCUUAUAGCUUAAAAAAAGAAAAAAAAGGCUUGUUUGUUGACCUUGAAAGCCUGAUGACUUAAAAUCUGUAGCCUAAGGGAUUUUCACAGUGUUUUAUUUUCCAUGAGGGAAAGAAGCUGAACUGUGGUUAAUGCUUUGCUGUGUGGAGUAGCACGUAAAUUAAAGCUAACAGAAUUGAAUACUGGCAAAUGAUGCAUACAGUGCAGGAUUGCAAUUCUGAGUGAAAAUGACCAUCAGUAGAAACGGACGGUGAGUAUUCAUGAAAAAUGAAAGUGACCUUCCUGAACUGGGGCAGGGAGUGGAAACCAGUGUAAUUCAGUAUGAAAUACAAACCUCAUUCUCAGUCAAAUAAUUAACCUCUAAUUCAAUUACUGGCCAAGUAGGGAUUGCAUUUUCAGGAAGUUGAGAUGUAUUGUUCCUUAAAUGUGUAGAUAAUCAAACACAUAACGUGUUACAUUCUUACAGUACUGUUUUCAAUGUUUAGAAAAACCUCUUUCAGCUUUGGACUCCACAGAAAUAAUAGCCUAAGGGCCAUGGCAUGUACAACUGUGGGAGAAAUAGCUUCACUGAAAGAUUCUCUUUUGUUGGAUCAAAACUAGUCACACAGUUAGAUUGCACUUUUUCAAAAGAGAAUUUCCAGUGCUUUCAAAAUGCUAGAUCCUCCAGGAAAAAUGGCUUAAUUUCAGAAACUCAUCAGAAAUACUGAGAAUUCAUUACUUAAGGAACUGAAGUUCUCUGAAAGGUAAAACUAUAACUAUUUUGGUAAAAUCCUUGCUGCCAUCACAUGUAAGAUGAAGGUACUUUUAAAUGACAGGUCUGAACUUCUCUUGUAAAAUGCAAAUACUUUGGCACAGGAGGUAGCCUUAAAGCUUUAAAUUGUAAUUCAGAAAUCAUUUGUAAAUCUAAAAAAAAAAAUUUGAGCUGGAGUCCUAGAUAAGCAAAGUGUCUUCCUAGGUUUGUAAUUGCUUAUUUAGCUUUGCUUUCUCCCUGUGUCUUGUAAAUGAUGCUGCAUUUUCCUGAUGUUUAAAAAGGAAUUUUGUCAUCUCAUCAGCUGCCCAGUUCAGCACCUAUAUUGUCUACACUUUCCUAGAGAAUAACUGUGCUGUCCCAAGCCACUUGUAACUGGUUACUGCUGAAAUGAAGAGGGUUGCAGGGAAAGCACACAAGUCUUUUAGUCAAGUGUUCUAUGAUGUGCAGGGCUGUUAGCUGUGUGUUCCAAGACUGCUCAAAGACAAAGCUCUUCCUGUGGUCUGACUCUAUUUUUUAAUAAAUUGCUACACUACUGGCUUGCAACAGAAAGAAAUUACUGACAACAGCCUUUCAAUAAUCUUUCUUGCUGAAAGAGAAUGCCUGUCAAUAAGCACUCAAAUGAAUAGAGCUGAAAGCUUAAUUGGUGCCACCAUCAUGGACAUAAAGGGCUGAAAGAUGAGAAGAGCAUAAGCAAACUGUUAUUAACCUGAUCUGGAGAAUGUAUCUAAGCUUCAUUUAGAGUCUUACCACUUCAGUCAGUCACAUUCUCAGUCUCAGACAAUGAGUUUAGUUUAAGAUCCAAAACAGGUCAUUCCAAAAGAGUCUUUUUAAAACUUCAGUAUUUUUGGGGGGG